AUGGCGGGCUCUAGGAAGUUGGUUUUGUCCGACUACCAUAUCUCCGCUCUGGUGAUCAACCGUCCAAAGGGUUCGCCGAAAGACUUGUCAGCGAAAGCCCCUUCUCCCCGCAAAGCCCGAGCUCUUUGGUUUUCAGGAGAGGAGGUGCCCAUUGAGUCUAGCGAAGCCGAAAAUCUUGAUCCAUCAGCUUUGUUGGGCAGAGUCCAGCAUGGUUCGGAAUACCACAGCCGACAUCCAAGCUGGCUUGAGGGGCGUCUGAAGGGGUUGAUGACCGGAAAAGCAGUGAGCGAGGAAGAGUUCGAAGAGAGCGAAGAGGACAGCCGAAAGCUCGGAGGAGCUCGAUUUCCAGAGCCUGCUCCAGGCCCAGAUGGCCGCGGGCGGGGAUCCGUCCAGCUUGGUACCUUUGAUGAUGUGCCAAAUGAUGAUGGAGAAAAGGAAGCCCAAGCCCCACCGGAAUCGCAGCCGCCACCGAAAAAAGUCUUCCAGCUCCAGUUCAAGUGGUGGCUCGAGUUCAGACGCUGUGGACAUCGGCGGGUCCGACAAGGGCAUGAAAUCAGUUCGGGCUUUAGAAGCGGAUCACCAGAUAGAGAGUUCGAACGAGAAGCCAUCGAGGAGCUAGGAGUGGUGCCAGGAGCUCCAUGGACAGUCAAGGGCUACAUCAAGCGCUUCCACUGGGGCAAGUUCAAGGGGCUGUAUCGGUGCGCUAUCGAGGACGUAGCCGUCUACGAGAUGUUGCGGCAGAAGGAAUACGAGAGCACCACGGCUCAGUGCAUUCAGAACAUGAAAUCGAAGAUGCAAGCCGUACUCCAACAAGGCGGGUGGUCCAGCGCUUGGCUCCUGACGGGGCUAAGCGAUCCGCUGCGGCCCCGCGAAUUUGCGGGAACCAAGGAGGAGCUAGCUGCUAGCCGUGGUCUCAGGUUACCUCAACAGCUUGAGCAAGUUGAGGCAGAGAGUCAAGGAGACAGAGGGAUUGGCUGGCGAGGUUUUGAAGCUCAGGAGGAGGCCACGACGGGAUGGCACAUUGAUGAUGCUUUUGUUAUGAACAAGCAUAAUGGCGAGGGCUUCGGUUGUUACCCUAGCAGUGGUGGCUGUGCAGAGGAAAUUGUGCAUAUUUGGGGCUAUGCUGCGGGCAACCUGGUGCGCGCUGAGGGGUGUGAGGUGGCUCGAAACUCCACCUUUAGCGCCCUGCGCCUCCCUUGUCCGUGGAUGAAGCAGCCGCGCUGUGUGAUCUGUCUGACCUCACUUGACCGUGCAUGGCAGGCCCAAAAGGGCAAGCCUCAAAGCGCAAGCGGUGUGCACCUCCAGCACCAGAUGCGGAAGAAGUUUCCAGUGCACCCAGUGGCUCAGGCAGACUUUGCUGCCGGCGCUGCGGGCCCCAUGGUCCAGGUCAUGGCUGAGUUGGCGGAGGUUCCAGUUGCACAGGGCCCGCUAGGGGGCCAACCUCUUGGUCAAGCUCUAGCCAACCCUGACUUUGUUGAGGCUUUGCAUCCUUCGUGCAGAGCAAGCUCACGAAGUGGUGCCAGCAUGUGCCAGCGGUGGGCUCCCAAAUCUGGUGGCCUUGUGGUCAUGGCCGUGGUCGGGCUGGCAAUCCUGUUCCCCAAACUCAUUGCGGCAUUGCUCAUUAUGGCUUUACUGUUGCUGCUGCGGGCCAUCAGCGUUGUGGCUGCAAGGGUCUUUGCGGAAAUUUGGCAUGAAUUGGCUGACACUGCUUUGGCUGGUUUGCAGCCCAGCUGCGUCCUGGAAUACCAUUUGGUAUGGGUGGGUGACUUUGUUUUGAAGCAUUUUGCAAGCAUCUUGGUUUCCACUUCAUCGAUGGCGCUGUUGAGUAUGACAUUGUUGGUUGAGAUUGUCUUCAAGGGCGCUCUUGAGGACGCCUUGGCGGACGAAGCCAAUCCACCCAAGUGGCCGUCGUCGGCGCAUGUCUUCGAUACGACGAUGGAUCCAUCCGAAACCAACUUGACUUGGUCUGAGCUGCCUCCUGUCCUUAGUGAAUUGGUGGUUUCAUAG